AUGGGCCCCUGUACCGCCUCCUCAUGCUGCUGCCAGGCCCGUAAUCUGCCAUGGGCCCCCGUACCAACUCCUCAUGCUGCUGCCAGGCCCGUAAUCUGUCAUGGGCCCCUGUACCACCUCCUCAUGCUGCUGCCAGGUCCAGAGUGUGUCAUGGGUCCCUGUACGGCCUCCCAUUGCUGCUGUCUCCAUCGCCACACUCUGCCAUGUGCCACUUUCAGGUCUCCUCACACUCCUGCUGGGUUCCAUUUUGUCAUAGGGUGCUGUAUGGCCUCCCAUUGCUGCUGCCUCCACCGCCACACUGUGGCUCCACACUCUGGUUUUGGCCCCGUGACUGCCCAAAUGAGUGAAGUGUGCGGUGAUUCUAAGAUCGACGGCACUCAUCUGCAUGUCAUACUGACUGACAGUAUUAUUUCUCUUCCCCAGCAGACUCCAAGGGCAUUUAAAUUAAAGGUACAGUGUUCUGCACUAAUAUAA